ACGAGAACGCUACAAUCAUAUUCCACCAGAUCAACUGCAGCAAUGGGACGGGAUGAUAGACCAGUACGACUCCUUGUCCAUCCAAAUACACCAGCAGGCGAGGGCGGUUGAGAGUCUGAAACGGAAUCUGAGCAUGGCCGAGAAAGACAACCAGAUUCUCAACAACGAGGUCGACAAACUGAUGUCUGGGCGCAAUGCGCUGCGCUCAACACUUAUCGCAAAGGACAAUCUGAUCGAUCGACUCACAGAUGAGGUCAUGACCCUACGCGCGGCAGCAGAGACUGCGGAGGUGAACUACAAGUCACUGGAGGAGGACAACAGGAGGAUUAACCAACAGAAUGAGCGUGCGAGGCGACAGGAGCAAGCACUGACAGAGAUGGAACAGCAGUCAGCUGCGGUGCAAGACGCGGCGGAAGAGAAGGCACGGCUGGCCACGGCACAGCUAGAGCUCACACAGAUGCUUCUCAAGACAGCAGCAGAUUCGCACUUGGAAGCACGCGAGUGUAUAUCACAAAGGACGUGCACCCUACAAAGAUUAGUGGGCCAGUGUGCACCUGCACCAAAGAUUAAUGGGCCCUUGUUCACCUCACCAAAGAUUAAUGAGCCCUUGUGCACCUCACCAAGGAUUAGUGGGCCAGUGUGCACCUUCAUCAAAGAUUAA